AUGUUCUCCCUCACAUCAACCCUCUCCUUGCUGGCCGUCGGGGCUAUCCAGGGCGCAUCAGCCUUGGACGCGGCUGGAUGGCGAAACCAGAGCAUCUACCAGGUCAUCACCGACCGCUUUGCCACCUCUGAUGGCUCAACCCCAGCAUGUGACGUGACCCCGGGCCUGUAUUGUGGUGGCACCUGGAAGGGAAUCACCAACAAGUUGGACUACAUCCAGAACCUGGGCGCCACUGCCGUCUGGAUCUCCCCCAUCGUCAAGAAUGUUGACGGAAUCAUCGACGGGGCUGGAGAGGGCUACCAUGGCUUCUGGACUCAGGACCUCUACUCCAUCAACCCGCACUUCGGCACCGAGGCCGACCUGAAGGAGCUCGCCGACGCCCUCCACGCCCGCGGCAUGUACCUGAUGGUUGACAUCGCCCCGAACCACGUCGGUCUCAACGCCAACCCCGGCAACUACACCCAGUACAACCCCUUCAACAAGGCCGAGUACUACCACAAGAAAUGCAACAUCAACUGGAACAGCAUCCCAUCCAUCCAGGUCUGCUGGCUCGAAGGUCUGCCCGACCUGAUUACCACGUCUCCUUAUGUCCGCCAAACAUAUGCCGCCUGGAUCAAGGACCUAGUCGCCAAGUACUCUAUCGACGGUCUUCGCAUCGACACGGCCCUCGAGAUCGAGCCUGAGUUUUGGACCGAAGGCGGCUUCAGAGACGCCGCCGGCGUCUAUCUGAUGGGCGAGAUUAGCCACACAGACCUGAAUGUGCUUGCCCCCUACCAGAAGGUCCUCGAUGGCUUCCUGGACUACAGCGCCUACCACUGGUUCUUCGACGCCUUCUCAAAGGUGGAUGGCGAUCUGAGCACAGUAUACAAGGGCACCAACCAGAUGGCGAGCAUGUCCAGCAUCGACACGACGGUCCUUGGCUCUUUCGUCGAAAACCAGGACCAGGUUCGCUUCGCCCACGCAAACAGCGACAUGGCACUGGCCAAGAACAUGCACGCCGUCUCCAUGCUCCGAGACGGCAUCCCCAUCGUCUACUACGGCCAGGAGCAACACUACAGCGGCGGUGCCAACCCCGGCAACCGCGAGGCCUUCUGGCUGGGCGGCUACGACAUCAACUCGGAGCUGUACGGCUGGAUUCAGCAGACGAACAAGAUCCGAGUGCACGCCGCCGAGGCAAACCCCAACUUCCUGACAACGGAACGUAUUCAGGCCGUCUUCUCCUACAGCAGCAAGGACAGCAGCCGCGUCAUUGCCUUCCGCAAGGGCCAGAUGUUCUCCAUGUACACCAACGGCGGCGUCAACGCCAAGAACAACGUUAUGUUCGCCAUAGCCCGCAACGUCCACCUUCUCGCCAUCGGCUCCGAGGUCGUUGACGUGCUGAACUGCGAGACCUUCACGGUGGCCGACAAGGGCCGCCUCUGGGUGCAAAUGCCCGCCGGAGGCCUGCCCCGUGUGUUCCUGCCCAAGGAGCAAACCGCCGGGCUCUGCAACGACGUCAAGGCGCCUCUGUCAAGUGCCACCAUCAAGGUUGCCGUGGACAAGAACACGGGGUACAGCAAGCGGUCGAUGCCCUUUGUGACAAGGAUUAUGGAAUAG